AUGCGGCUCUUUUUGAUCCCAAUCACGACCAGGCGGACGUUGCUCUACUGCAAAAGGGCGAGUGCAGGAGUUCCUGCGCAACUGAGUUACCUUGACCGGAUUACGAACAAAGCCUCUACUACGUGGGCGCAAUGGGAAGAGGCUGAUCGUGGCUGGAAGAAGUCGCUGACUACUUACGGGCAUCGCGUGCUCCAACGAAUACCAUAUGAGGAAUGGGGCCUGAAAAGUGUGCCGCCAUUGAGCGCGAGGAGGGAAGCUCAAGAAUUACAGUCACAUACUCCAGUUGAGUUGCUUUACCCUGGCAAUGUGAUUCAUCGUCACAACGUACUUGGGACACUGAAAACACUGGCGACGGAACGACAAGAUUUACAUCGAAGGAGAAUGUGGUGGAGCUUGGGCGUGGCUCCGCUAACAGCGCCCAUAGCCUUGAUUCCAGUGAUACCAAACAUACCAUUUUUCUACCUCGUAUACCGCGGCUGGUCUCAUUGGAGAGGCUUACAAGCCGCAGCUUUGAGUGGCUCGAAACACCUAAAUUUCCUCCUUGAUAACCACCUUGUCAACCCGGUAUCCUUGCCAGAUCUCGAAGAUCUUUACUCGAGACAUCAAAGUAUUUUACCCAAGCUUCCACAAAAUGAAGCCAUUAAAGCGGACGAGAAAAACUUCCAAGACGAUCCCCACGAGGAGAGGAUUCUUCUCGAUGUUUCCGAUGGAAAGGCUCUGGGUAAAAUGUUACAUGCCCCAGAGCUUCAUGCCGAAGUUGAACGUGCUGUCACACAAGUGAAGCAUUUGCUUGACAAAAAGAAGCGAUCCAGAUGA